UUCCUUUAACAUUAGCACAUAACCCUUCUUAACCCUAGAUCUUCAUUCUCCAACAACACCAACCCUUCUUUCUUCUGUUCGACUCAACAACAUUACAUCACAUUUCAUUCUCAGAUCUCUCCGAAUUCCCUCACACGUUCCCUUCAUCAGAAACACCCCACAAUCCUUCCUCGGCAAGUCUUCUUCCUCGACAAUUUUGCACUUUUCAACCUCAAUUUUGCAAUUCAUCUUGUGGGAUCCACUUAAAAUGCACUGAAUUUGAAACCCCAAUUAAAAAAUCUCAUUUUUUUCCCCAAUUGGGUAUGCUCUGUACCUGGCUGUAGUGUGUAGUGUAUUGUAGGCAGUGACAGUGAGUUCUCAUGGCAAUGCCAUCGGAAAACACAAUCAUACCCGAAAAAUUGCAGUUUCCGGGAGGCGGUGGCACCGCCGUUAGCGGUAGUGAGAUCCAUUACCGCCAGCAAUGGUUGGUGGAUGAGAGGGAUGGGUUUAUCGGUUGGCUUCGCGGUGAAUUCGCGGCUGCCAAUGCUAUCAUAGACUCCCUGUGUCACCAUUUGCGUGGUGUUGGUGAGCCUGGGGAGUAUGACAUGGUUGUUGGGGCAAUUCAGCAGAGGAGGUGUAAUUGGACUCCGGUGCUGCUUAUGCAGCAAUACUAUUCUGUGUCUGAUGUGGUCUAUGCACUGCAGCAAGUGGCAUGGAGGAGACAGCAGAGGGUUGUUGAUUCGGCAAAGGCCGGCAAUAAGGAGUUUAGGAAGUUCGGUUCGGGGUUUAGGCAAGGGCACAGGUUUGAGGUUGCCAAGGAAGGUUAUAAUUCUAGUGUAGAGUCUUUUGGCCACAGGGUGAAUGCGGGAGGCCCAGAAAAAGGGACUCAUGGGGCUCAAAAGAAUGGAGAACUUAAACCAGGUGACAAGGUUGGGACCAUGGAUGACAAGAGUUUAGCAUCUUCGGAGGAGAACAAAGAUACUAUUACAAAUCAUCAAUCUGAUGGCAUUUUGAAGAGCUCUGGGAAUUCCCAAGGAUCUCUGUCCAGCUCAGAAUGUGAUGCUGUGGGUGUAAAUGAAGAAUGUAUAUCAAAUUCUAAAGGGAAUGAUACACAUUCUGUGCAAAAUCAACAUCAGAGUCAGAAUGCUUCUACCAUGGGAAAAACUUUUAUUGGCAAUGAGAUGUUCGAUGGGAAGAUGGUGAAUGUGGUUGACGGAAUGAAGUUGUAUGAAGAUUUGUUGGAUAGUGCUGAAGUUUCAAAACUUGUUUCAUUGGUCAAUGAUCUAAGGGUUGCUGGGAAAAGGGGACAAUUUCAGGGAAGUCAUACAUUUGUGGUUUCAAAAAGACCCAUGAAAGGACAUGGAAAGGAAAUGAUUCAGUUGGGUGUUCCUGUUGCUGAUGCACCACCAGAUGUGGACAGUGUAACAGGAAUCUCGAAAGAUAAGAAAGUAGAAACUAUACCUUCUUUGUUCCAAGAUAUUAUUGAGCGCUUGGCUUCCUUGCAAGUGAUGACUGUGAAGCCUGAUGCUUGUGUUGUGGAUUUCUAUAGUGAGGGUGAGCACUCGCAGCCCCACAAUUGGCCACCUUGGUUUGGAAGGCCUGUUUAUAUGCUUUUCCUGACUGAAUGUGACAUGACUUUUGGGAGAAUAAUUGUCUCAGACCAUCCUGGGGAUUAUAGGGGUGUUGUCAAGCUUUCUCUUGUACCUGGGUCUCUUCUGGUGAUGCAAGGGAAAUCAACUGAUUAUGCUAGACAUGCACUUCCUUCUAUUAACAAACAUCGAAUACUUGUAACCUUCACAAAGUCCCAACCAAAAUCUUCUCUGCCAAAUGAUUACCAACGUCUUGCCCCUCCAGCAGUGUCUCACUGGGCCCCACCUCCUAGUCGAUCUCCCAAUCACAUGCGACAUCAAUUAGGCCCUAAGCAUUAUCCCACAGCUCCGGCAACCGGAGUACUGCCUGCUCCAUCCAUUCGCGCACCACCAAAUGGUAUGCAACCAUUGUUCAUGCCAGCACCAGUUGCACCUGCUAUGUCAUUUCCUACACCCGUGCCGAUCCCACCUGGUUCUACCGGAUGGACCUCAGCUCCAAGGCAUCCUCCUCCUAGAAUUGCUGUUCCCGGCACAGGAGUUUUCCUCCCUCCACCUGGCUCAGGUAGUUCAUCUCAGCACAUACCAGGUACUUUACCUGAAGUGAACCCUAGUGUGGAAACCCCAACCGGGCCGCGAAAGGAGAAUGGGAAAUCUAACCAUAGCAACACUAGCUCUUCACCAAAAGGUAAAAAUGAUGGAAACAUGCAAGGGCAAGAAUGCAAUGGAAAUGCAGAUGGAGCUGAAGCUGAACAGGCUGUAGAAGGGAAUGAACACGAAAACAAUGACAAGGUGGCUGAAGCAAGCCAUUGAGCUAUGCCGGAUUAGAGAGAGGGAGAAGCUUAUCACAGGAAAGGGUUAGGUUACAAACUUAAUGAGUUUGAAGCAAAUGUAAAGAGCGGCAACAUUCGACACAACACAGAUACGAUACUUGCAAAGGAAAGAACAAGGGAAGGAGGUAGAGCUUUUUGGUUCACUUCUUAAUCCUUUGUUUGCUCCAUUCCUUUUUUCUUGUCUUUUCAUUUUAACUUUUACAGCAAGGGAAACCCCAUUCUUAAUUCAGAUUUUGAUUUUUCCUAUCUUUGAAUUACGCAUUUUGUGGUUGAUUAUUAUUUUGUGGUCAUGUUUUUAUCCACCAUUUUAUUCUUAAAACACUUUGAUGCA